AUGGUGCCCGUAGCCACGGCGCGUGGCUCCUCCGCUCAGACGGUCAUCCUGGCCAUGCAGGAAAGACAAGGACGGAAAGGGCGGCUGCCUCCGCGGCUGAGACUACCACUUCUAGCGUCUAUCGCCACUAUCGUCAUAGUUUCGGGUUUUUCAUCGUUGUAUGGCGUAAGGGCGCAGCAACAGCAACAGCAGGCCGUGACCCCCGCCUGUAGUGUGACUGCCCCCGAAACCGCGUGUACCUGCUACGAACCGACAGGCACGGCUGGCAAGAGCGACAGGUCGGCGGCUCUAUCCAAGGAGAUCAACCUUCUCAAGGUGAAAUGCGGUGUGGGCCUUCAGUUUGCGCCCACAAGGGGAAACAAAGACAUGAUGGUAUGCUCAGAACAGUCUACCAACCUGAAGGACUGCGAUCUCAAUAUUAACGACCUUCUCGGCGGGAAAUCAAGCGACGUCAAGUGGGAAAAAUGCACAGAGAAUGCACGGGAGGUUGAAGAGUGCAAGACACUGACAAUCCCACAAGCAAAUCUCCCGUUCGUUGACAAAAGCUUUGCUGUUGGUUGUACUGACAAGACAACCGGCGAGCAAAAGCUAUGCAGAAUCCCUGUGACAAUCCAUGCCAGAGCUAGCGAGACAAACGGUCGGACUGUCACGUGUGCCUACGGCGCCGGCAGCAAUGAAUCUCGUCAAGUCGUCACUCUCAACCCAUCCAAGAACAGCUUCACUCUGGUCUGUGGAGAGAAGGGAACCGUGCUGCCGACGAACUACGAUACUAAGUUUUGCUCCUCGGAUCCAGAUGGCACGAAUACGACAUGCGACGGAGACUACCAGUCGAUUCUGCCGGGAUUCGAGAACGGCUGGUGGAAAAAAGAAGAGCCCACCUCCACCAACUCGUUCACUCUGUCGAUUCCGGUGGAGAAGUUCCCAACGGAGCAGGCGAAGAUGGUCGUCGCGUGCCAGCAAACGACACCGAAACCCAGCAGCAUUACAGUGAAAGAUGAGAAAGCAACGUCCAGUGUGUGUAGAGUCGACGUGACUAUUGAGGCAGGUUCCCCUGCGUCCUUCUCCGUGGGAUCGUGGCAAAUGUCUUCCCUGCUGGCAUUCGUCGUCACCUUCGUGUUAGCUCGCGGCAUGUAA